GAAUCAGACAAUGAGGCCUAAAACAAGCCAUAGCCAAGAGUUCAAGCUUCUCCUUGUUUGUCUUCUUGCUGCUUUCAUUCUCAUCUUCAUCGUGAGCUCAACCUUGACAUCUUCACAGGAACACCAGACUCCACAUGAGACGACGAGAUCAGGGCCUUGCGCUGGUGCCUGCAAUAAGCUACCGCGUUCCCUCGCACAAGCCCUGAUCCAUUACUCGACUUCGGUUAUCACACCGCAACAAACGCUCAAGGAAAUAGUGGUCAGCAGUAGAGUACUCGACAACAAGUCACCCUGUAAUUUCUUGGUAUUUGGUCUAGGCCAUGACAGCCUCAUGUGGAGCUCUCUCAACUACGGAGGCCGAACGGUUUUUCUUGAAGAAGAUGAAGCAUGGAUAAGACAGAUCAAGAGGCGGUUCCCGAUGCUAGAAUCAUACCAUGUAACAUACGACAGUAAAGUACACCAAGCAGACAAUCUCAUACAAGUCGGGAAAGGGCCUGAAUGCACAGCCAUUGGUGAUCUAAGGUACUCAAUGUGUCAACUCGCACUCAAGGGUUUGCCUGCACAAAUCUACGAGACUAGUUGGGAUCUCAUCAUGGUCGAUGCACCCACUGGCUACUACGACGAGGCUCCUGGGAGGAUGACGGCAAUUUACACGGCGGGAAUGAUGGCGAGGAACAGGAAACAGGGAGGAGAGACCCAUGUGUUUGUGCAUGAUGUGAACAGGGAAGUAGAAGACAACUUCUCCAUGGCCUUCUUGUGUCAAGGGUACAUGAAGAAACAGGAAGGAAGACUAAGGCAUUUUGUGAUCCCUAGCUAUAGAGAUGGAUCAGAAUCAGAAUCAAAUAGACCCUUUUGCCCGUAGCCAACACAUGCUAAACUCUCCUGUCACUU